AUGGUGGCUAACCGUCGCAACUUCCUUUUUAGAGUGAGCAUUGUGAUAAACAUAGCUGUGCUGUUAUACGCAGCUAUGCAGCUAUCAGGGAAUACGACACCCGGGGUUUAUUGGGUCCCCGUCGAUGCGGAAAGAACCGCUGAAUUUAGAUACAUUAAUCAAGACAGAAAUGAUACUUAUACCCGGUUUGAAUCAAGCGGGAGAAACGUAGAAUCCAGUGCUAGAAAUUAUGAAGAGUCGACGUCUCAGAAAACGCCAUCCACCAUGGCGACUACGAAUAAAACCGCAUCUAGUACAGCAUCUGCGCCUGAAGUAGAUAGGAAAGUAAUUAGUGCCGUUCCUGAACCAGAUGCGUCUAAUGCGACUAGUAUUGAUAUAGAGGACGAAGACAGUCUAUCGCCAACAACUUUGGCGUACCUUCGUACCUUGUUAGGAUGCAAUGACAGAGAUAUGCUGCCUCAAACAGAGCAGCGUGGAGAGUUCUGGGUUUUGAAGAAUUUUAUACGAGCGGAUCACGGACUCUUAGCGUGCCAUGAAACGAUCACUUAUACGACGCAUGCAGGAUACGAGUUCCUUGAUAAUGUACAUCCUUUAGUAGAAAGGUAA